GCUGUCGUGACGUCUUCACUGAAAUACUGGCUAAGACUACGGAAUAACUCUAGAAAGUAGAGUCUAUUAUCAAAAUGGUUAUAAAGUCUCCUCCAUCUGAAAGAAAAGCAAAGGCUGAAGGUAGCGAUUUGAAGAGCAUUUGUAAUCGUGCCAUAAAACCAAAUUCUGAAUGGAUUGAAAAGGACGAUUUUUUGGAUGUUAUCUACUGGGCUCGUCAGAUUAUUGGAAUUCUUGUGGGGAUUGUAAUGGGCAUUGUCCCAUUGAAGGGUUUCAUUGCAUUGGCACUGUUUGCCAUAAUGAACUGUGCUAUCAUCUACUUUUAUUGCACGAGUUUUCAAUCCAUUGACGAAGAAUCUUAUGGUGGAAUGUGGGAAAUUAUUAAAGAAGGAUUUAUGACCUCGUUUGCAUGCUUCCUGGUUACAUGGAUAAUCUUCUAUACCGGCAUUCAUUUUGGUAAUGUAACAGAAAAAAUUAACUGAUAACUAGACACUGGAAAAAUUUGUAAACAUAAAUUAUUAACUCGAAAAUGUAUCAUAGACCAUGUAUUCACGCAUGUUGCUUUGUUGACCUGGUAUUAGCAAAAAGAAGUUUAAUAAAUUAUUCAUUUUUCUGCUGGAAGAACAAAA